AUGUUUGAGUCUAACGAUGGCUUUACAUCGACGUUCAACCGUGUAAGGGGCCCCUGGGAGCCGGAGGACUACUAUGGUGAGCGCUUCUCUACUGCCUUCACCCAGUCGUUCAAGGAUACACUGAGUCAGGGCCCGAAGAAGUAUUAUCUUGUAACGGAAGACGAGUUUAUUGCGAAGGCCAUGUCAGUACACUUUACUGCACUGCAGGCAAAACCCAAGGUACAAGCCGAGGCUGGGGCGAAUAGUGGCAAUGAUUGGUACGGCUAG